AGAGGAGGACAAGGCUACAACCUUCUGGUUUUCGUAACAGCAUCUCGCUCCAGUAGGGCUGAGGCAUGGGCGGAGUUUGAUGAAACUAAAAUAAACGCUGACACGCAGCAUCUUGUGAGUAUGUGCAGCCUCAGAAGGAUAGACUGCAAUAGCUAGAACGAUAAGGACAGCUUCAAACCUCUGGCAAGAUGAUCAAAUCCUUCAAGCAAACGUUUCUGUCCCUGGAUCUGCAGUCCCCUCGGUGGAGCUCAGCAGAGACGAUGGCAACAGAUUAUGAACUGCGUCAGUAUGAGACGGCAAAGUGGGUCAGCACAGUCAUUAGGGGAGAGACCCAGAAGGAGGCCAUGCGCCAGGGCUUCUGGAAACUCUUCCACUACAUCCAAGGGAAGAAUGAGAAAGAAAUGAAAAUUGAUAUGACUGUGCCAGUGACAUGCCUGAUAAAAUCUGGCUGCACAGACUUCAAGAUCUCUUUCUUUGUGCCGUUUGAACAUCAGGACUCUCCACCACAACCCACCGACUCAGAUGUGUUUAUUGAAGAGCGGAAGGCAGCAGCCAUCUUUGUCCGGUCCUUUGGUGGAUUUGCCUCCCCAGAGAAAUACGCUGAGGAAGCUGAAGUCUUGGCCAGAAUCUUAAGAAACAGAGGCCAACCAUUCCAUGAAGACUUCUUCUAUACUGCAGGCUAUGACAGUCCCUUCAAGCUCUUUAACAGGCACAAUGAAGUGUGGUAUUUUAAAAAGUAAUAUGGUGGGGGAGAAUAUUAAGAGGCUACUAAUCAGCUCUGGAUGAAAACAGACCUUAAUAACGGCUUUUGCUUUAGUGCAGAAGAGAUGUAAUGCGCACAUGGACACAGGAUCAUGUCUAAUUCAUUUUCUCUAGGAUGAAAUACUGUUCUGGCUAAAAAGAUUUCAGC